AUGGAAUACCUUGCCGCUGAAGUUCUUGAACUCGCUGGAAAUGCCGCAAGGGAUAACAAAAAGACAAGAAUUAUUCCUCGGCAUCUUCAGCUAGCUAUUAGGAAUGAUGAAGAACUAAACAAGCUUCUUGGAUGCGUUACUAUUGCGCAGGGAGGUGUUCUGCCAAACAUCCAGUCGGUUCUUUUGCCAAAGAAGACAUCUCUUCCUAUCACCGCCAAAAAAUCUCAAUCGCAAGAGUACUGA